UCGCGUGUACGGCAAGCAACAAGGAAUUGUCCGGCUCUUUGAAACUACUUAGCGCGAGCUUCGUUAUAGGUUCCUAUUAAAUUUGAGUUGGAAUAAAUACAUUUUGGGUUUAUUAUUUCUUUGGACGUAUUUUUGGUUCAUAAAAUACAGGAAGAGCUGUAGGGGAGGACGUUUAGCCACUUCAACGUCCGGACGGAAAAGUUAGCUAAACUAAGUUAGCUUGAAAGCUAAAAACAAACGUUGAGGUGGAAGGCCUCUGGACAUCCUAACGGCUUUGGGGUUUAACGCCAUGCAGGACCAUGGUGGGUUUACAGGAAGGAAUGUGUCCUGGGCUGGAUGGAGGUUUGCUGCGCAGCCUGCUCGCUGCUGACGUCAAAACAGUGGAGGACCUUGUCUCAUCUGACCUCGAAGAAGUUGCUCAGAAAUGUUCCGUUUCCUACAAGGCUCUGUACGCCAUCCGCCGGGUGCUGCUGGCCCAGCACACCGCCUUCCCGGUGUCUGGCGCCGAUCUGUACGAUGAACUGUUGAGCUCCACUGCCAUCAUCUCCACCGGAAACCCCAGCUUAGACAAACUGCUGGAUUCAGGCCUGUACACUGGAGAGGUAACGGAGCUGUCUGGAGGCCCUGGAAGCGGUAAAUCUCAGGUGUGUUUCGGCGUCGCAGUUCACGUUUCCCACCAACUGAAGCAGAGGGUGAUUUAUAUCGACACAACGGGGGGGCUGACGGCGAGCCGCCUGCUGGAGAUGCUCCAAUCUGAAACGAGCGACCGAGACGAGCAGAUGGAGGCUCUUCAGAGGAUUCACGUCUUUCGCCUGUUCGACGCGUACUCUCUGCGCGACCGCCUGUCCACCCUUCGCAGCGGCGGCCUGCUGCAGGCGUCUGGCGGCGGCUCUGUCAAGGCCGUGAUCGUGGACUCUGUGUCAGCUGUUAUCUCUCCUCUGCUGGGAGGCAAGCAAAAUGAAGGCAUGUCCCUGAUGAUCCAAGCUGCACUAGCUCUAAAGACGAUGGCAAAGGACUUCGGCGUUGCUGUUCUGGUGACCAACCACGUGACGAGAGGCGGCCGCGGCGAGGUGCAGCCCGGCCUCGGCGCGUCGUGGAGCCACAUUCCCAGGAGCAGGAUCCUGCUGGAGCGCACGGACCGGGCGCCGAGCGGCUGCAGCUCCACUCUGCGCUCGGCGACGCUAAUCAAGUCCUCCAGACAGCCGUGUCUCAUCAAGGAGGAAUUGGAUUUGCAGUGGUGGAGUCGCAGCGAACGGCGGUCCUCGGGGAAGAGGAAGCGGGAUGAAGCCGACUCCUGAUGACACAGACGAUAAUCCUCCACACAAAUGUCACACUGAAGAACCCGUUCCUGAGAGCCGAGGCUGAUGGUUCCAACUCUCUCAGCAGGGGGGCACCACGCGCCUCUUCCGGAUGCAUUCCCAGAUCCAGCUGGGCGACACCCUCUGAGCCCGGCUGUCCUCUCCGGGUGGGGCCAGCGUGUGCGUGGCGGAGGCGGCGUCGUAAUCCGCCACCAGGUCUCCGUCGUACGCCACGAAGUACCUCCGGAGUCUGUCGGCGUCCUGGAUGGAGGCGGGCAGGAAGAGCUUCACCCCACCAAAGAUGUCCAGCAGCGUCUGCAGGGCGGCCAAACACAAACACGCGUCAUGCCCCUCCCCCCCGGCGUACAGAACCGAAGAAGUAAGCUGUUCGCUGGAAGAAAAUAACUUUUUGACAGACCUGUUUUUAAUCUAGUCUUUCAGCUUCUAACUGGUUCUCUGGAGUAGAACUGGACCUUUGAGACGGUCCAGAACCAAAGUUUGAAGGCUGGAUUUGAUUAGGAGUUUCACCUCAUUUAAACUUUAAAUCAAACACAGUUGCCCGCUUUUUUAUACAUCGUUUAGACUUUACGGGUCGUCCAGACCCGCGAGGACAACAAUGUCAUGUUUGAAACUCUUCCUCAUAAAAGGCUUGAGUCUGAAUCAGAACAUUAAAGAAGAAUAAAGCCGGUUCUAUUGUUCAGCUGCUCCAGAACCACAGACAACA